AUGCCCAGAUAAACGGAUCACAAAACGUUCUGGAGGCAAAUUCUUACGUACGAAAUGUAGAGGAGAAGUGCUCUCUCCUCGGUCCAUUCCAGUUCUCUCCUCUUCUCCCUGCAGUCGUGUGUGUUUUUGGGUGAACCAUGUGUUGUUCGGUGGGUUUCGCCAGGUCUCUGGGUCUGGCCCUGCUGCCUCUGGCUCUCUGCUGCAUCCUGGCCAACCUGCUGCUGCUGUUUCCCAUGGGAGGAAUGAACUACAUCCAGCAGGGCCGCCUGGCCAGCUACAUCUGGUAUUUUGGUGGACUAGGAGGUGGAGGACUGCUGAUGCUGGUUCCAGCUGUUGUCUUCAUCACUUUGGGGAAAUGUAGCUGCUGCUGGAACGAGGGCUUAAUGAUGUGCGGGUCGGUGCUGGCAGCUGUGGUUGGCCUGGUGGGGUCUGCCUACUGUUUCGUCAUAUCUGGGUUCGCCUUGGUGCAGGGCCCCAAGUGCUUCACCUCUUAUGGAUGGUCGUACCCCUUUGCAGACCAGGGGGGCAGGUACCUGCUGCAGCCAGAGACCUGGUCCCGGUGUCUCCAGCCGGUUCACAUCGUGGAGUGGAACGUGACCCUGCUGUGUGUUUUACUGGGUCUGGCUGUGCUGGAGUUCAUCAUCUGUCUCUUACAGCUGGGGAGCGGUUUAGUCAACGCGGUCUGCCGGCCCUGCUGCUACAAGCAGGAGUAUAGUCUUAAUGCGUAGACAAACACACACGCGCGUAUGUAGACUCGCCUACACGGACACAUGAAAAACUCACACAUGCAACACACAGCCUCAUUGCCCAGCACCAUGUGUAUGUGCGUGAGUACAACACACAUAGACUAUAAUGGACAUCUGAAAACUAGGUCAGCUAUGUGUAACCACUGUAUUUUCAAGCUUUCAAGCUAACCAGGCUAAAGUGGCAAAGUCAAUCUGCGGUCCUUGAUGAAACCAGGAUAUAUGUCCAUAAUAGUGUGUGUGUGUGUGUGUGUGUGUGUGUCUUUGCGUGUGUUUGUGUGUUUGUGUGUGUGCGCGUGUGCAUGUGCUCGUGCACGUGCGUCCUGUAUACUCCAUAGGAAGAGGAGGAUGUACUUUAUUUGCUAGGGUGGUAAAAGUGGUGACAGAAGGCUCUUCAGACCCACACGUACAAAUAAUAAGAAAGAAUUGGAGCAUCCUUAAUCAUCAAAAUAAUAGUCAUGAUAAUAAAAACAUGUACAGGAUUCACUGACUUAAUUGCGCAGUUGUCACACAACAGUGUGUUAAACAUAGUACAUCUUCAGAAAAUAAUCCCUUUCUGUGUUUGUUUUUAUCUCUAAAGCUGUAGAAGAAGAAAAACUAAAACGGCGCUUUAGUUACAAGUGUUCCAGUAACUUCAUGAAAUCCAGUAUUCUGAAUGUUACGGUCGCUCACUUUCUUUGUUAUUAUUUUAUACUGUAUACUUUGCCUUCAUAAACCCAGCAACUACAACGUUAGCACAUAAACAGAACUUUAGCAACAUACUGGGAGCGGAUAGAGAUGAUAAUGUCUUGCCAAUCAAUGUCAUUACACUAGUACACUUAAGAUGGCUGCCACAUGUUGUUUGCCACCUCCGAUGGAUAUAGCUGUUGUGGGCAUUUUGCUCUCGCUGUUGAUGGCGUUCCCGGAGGGGGUUGAUGAACAUUUCCAUAAUUGUAGUUUUUCGAAAAAGGUGCCAUCUUUUCUGAUGAUAAUCAUGGAGCACAUCGAAGUGUCCUUUCUGCCCAGUGUUAUUUUGCAGUUCCAAGUAUUAUACACUGUGCUGGAAUACUUAUGGGUUACAAGCAGAUUUUUGUGUGUUUGUACAUCUGUUUUCAUUUUCACAGUGUUUUAUUGUAAAUUGUUUUCUUUACGUCUUUCGGAUUCUAGCUCAGUGUUAACGGACAUUUUAUAUAUAUUUUAGCGACAUAUUUUUAUAAUGUACAUUUCUUUGUGCUGCUUUGAAUAA